CUGAAAUGGCGCAGAAAGGAAUUCAGCUGGAUCAGGAAACCAUCUCUUGUUCCAUCUGUCUGGAUCUACUGAAGGAUCCGGUGACUGUUUCCUGUGGACACAGCUACUGCAUGAAGUGUCUUCAAACCCACUGGGAUACAGAAGAUGCGAAGAAACUCUACAGCUGCCCUCAGUGCAGGCAGACAUUUAAACCAAGGCCUGUCCUGCAGAAAAACACCAUGUUAGCAGUUUUGGUGGAGGAGUUGAAGAAGAGCGGACUCCAAGCUGCUCCUGCUGAUCACUGCUAUGCUGGAGCUGAAGAUCUGGUGGAGCCGUCCAAGAAGCUCCAAGAGAACGGCUGCUCAGAGAGGGGAGAGAGGCCGAGAGAGCUGGAGGUGAGUCGACAAAACAUCCAGCAGAGAAUCCAGGACAGAGAGAAAGAUGUGAAGCUGCUUCAACAGGAAGCAGAGGUCAUCAAUCGCUCCGCUGAUAAAGCAGUGGAGGACAGCCAGGAGAUCUUCACCCAGCUGAUCCGUCUGAUGGAGAAACGACGCUCUGAUGUGACCCAGCAGGUCCGAUCCCAGCAGGAAAGCCAAGUGAGUCGAGUCAAAGAGCUGGAGGAGAAGCUGAGGCAGGAGAUCGCUGAGCUGAAGAGGAGAGACGGCGAGCUGCAGACGCUGUCACAAACACAGGAUCACAACCAGUUUCUACACGACUACCCCUCACUGUCAGCACUCAGCCAACCUACACACUCAUCCAGCAUCCAUAUCCGUCCUCUGAGGUACUUUGAAGACGUGACAGCGACUGUGUCAGCAGUCAGAGAUAAACUACAGGACGUCCUGACAGAGACAUGGACAAACAUCUCACUCACAGGGACUGAUGUGGAUGUUUUACUGCCACAACCAGAGCCCAAGACCAGAGAGGAGUUCAUCAGAUAUUCAUGUGACAUCACACUGGAUCCAAACACAGCAAACAGUUAUCUGUUAUUAUCUGAUGGGAACAGAAAAGCUAGAUGGACAAGACGACAACAGUUUUAUCAUAGUCACCCAAACAGAUUCAGUGGAGAGUAUCAGGUCCUGAGUAGAGAGAGUCUGACUGGACGUUGUUACUGGGAGGUGGAGAGAAGAGGAACUGUUUCUGUAGCAGUCGCAUACAAGAAUAUCAGCAGAACAGGGGAUGAAAGUGGAUUUGGAUACAAUGACAAAUCUUGGGCAUUACAUUGUUAUGACAGUGGUUAUGUCUUUUGGUAUAACAAUGUCAACACUCUUGUCUCUGGUCCUUGGUCCUCCAGAGUGGGAGUGUACCUGGAUCACAGAGCAGGUAUUCUGUCCUUCUACAGCAUCUCUGAAACCAUGACUCUCCUCCACAGAGUCCACACCACAUUCACUCAGUCUCUACAUGCUGGACUUUGGAUUUGUGGUUCCACUGCUGAGAUGUGUAAUCUGAAGUAG